AUGAAGCAACCCUGGCUAGGGCGUGACGCGUGCGACGGUUACGAGAUCGUGGUGCCGAGGAAAGUCAGUUCGGAUGGAAAGUUCGUGUCGCAUCAAAUACCUCAUCACUUCAAGCGUUCCUUCUACACGGAUCGAACGGGAGCGGAUACGAUUCCAGAGGACGACGCUGUUCACUACCGUUUGCAAAUCGACGACGAGGAACACCAUCUCGAGCUCCGGCCGAAUCCACAUCUCGUUGCCCCAGGUGCUGUUAUCGAAGAACAUAGGGCAUCCAGAUCUUCUGCAGAUGAAAAGAAUGAUGACGUUUUAAAAAAUUUGAAAUUACAACGAAUGCGCGAUUCCCAAUGCCACUACCAGGGCCGUGUUCAUGGGCAGUCAGGAAACAGCGCCCUCUCUACUUGUUACGGCCUCGCCGGAUAUAUUAGAACGAAACGAUCGUCGUACACGAUCGAGCCGGUGGCGGGUCACGACUUUACCAAAGAAACGGAGCACCCGCAUGUCGUCUACAAAAAGCAACCGGACGAAUUCGGAAGGAACGCCGAGAUUCUAUGUAAUGUCACCGGCGAUAUGACCAAAAGCAUUGCCAAGCGCGCUUUCAGUUCGCAGAAAAGCCAGCAACCGACUAAGAAGCAGGCUACCAGAUCACAGUACACGUUGGAACUGCUGCUGGUACUCGACAAGACCGUUCUCGAUUAUCGCCAGGACCUCGACGCUGCAGGCUUGCUGCACGACGACAGUUUGGGAAUGCUGAUGGAAUUGAGCGUUGUUAGAGUUAUAAGAAUGCAUGCACAAGAAGAUGAGAUGAAUUUAGCGAUUAGCAAAGAUCCAGCUACGACGCUAAAAUUCUUCCAAGAGUGGCAACAAAUGAUCAACCCCGGCGACGAUACGCAUCCAAACCAUCAUGACUGCGCGGUUUUGAUUACUAAGAGUGACAUCUGUGAUUCGGCGAGGUUGUGCGGUUUCACUGGUACUUCCACGAUCGCUGGCACUUGCGAUCCUUUGAAAGGAGCUGCUGUUGUAAACGACGUUGGUCUACGCACGGGAUACCACAUAGCCCAUCACAUCGGGCACACACUGGGCAUGUCGCACGACGUCGAAGAGGAAAAUGGCUGCCCGGGCAUAAUUCAUCGCGGAAAAGGUUACAUUGAGACCACGGUCAUGCACCCCGGCAGCGUGUACGUCACGAAAAGGUGGUCCAAGUGUUCGAGGAACUCGUUGAAAUCGUAUAUCGAAACAAGUCUGGGAUUCUGUUUGGAAGAUGAGCCACAAAAUUAUGAGUUUCCACGUACAGAGCUCCUUCCAGGUGUAAUGUACGACGCAGAUGACCAGUGCAGACUACAGUACAACUCGGACGCGCGGCAUUGUGACUUGGGAAUUACCUGCGAGGCCCUGAGGUGCGUCAUUCCGGGAAAGGGUUGCGUGUCUGCAAGGAAACCACCAGCGGAGGGCACACGUUGUGGGGAGAAUAGGUGGUGCUACGGAAUGAAAUGCCUGUUGGUCGGCGAGCGACCAGGCGUCGUGGACGGCGGUUGGGGUGGCUGGUCACCUUGGAGUCGAUGCUCUCGUAGCUGCGGUUCCGGUGUGGCUUUCUCAGUCAGACGUUGCACCAAUCCUUCGCCGUCCAAUGGCGGGGCUUUCUGUCGUAGUUAUUACAAUGGGAAAAGCUGGCCGUGCGACGUAGAUGCGCUGUCGUUCCGCGACGUCCAGUGCAGCGAGUUCAACAACUGGGUCUUCCCGGAAGAUGGAAAAGUUCACCAAUGGACCGCUUACAAGCUGCCUGAGGAUUUAAGAGCUUCCGAAAAUCCAUGCGGCCUCUAUUGCCUAAGCGAGACAAACGUUGUGGCUUCACUUCGGCCAAGAGUAAUAGACGGCACCACCUGCUAUAGGGGCAUACGCGACAUAUGCAUAGACGGUGUCUGUCGAGAGGUACCCUGCGAUUUAAACAUGGAGUCGAACGCCGUGGAAGACGUGUGCGGCGUCUGUAAGGGUAAUGGCGUUUCGUGCAGCCUGAAGGAGGCUACGAUAAUGAUCAGUCAGGCGUCCCACCCGAGGAAAAUAGUAGAUGUCCCCGCUGGAGCGACCAACAUACGUGUGGAGGAGAUCGAACCCUCGAAAUCCAGGAUAAUGAUACGGACGAAGGAUGGGAAAACGUUAAUCGAUGGCGAUCGUUUAGGAAUGUUGAAGGUGGCGGGCACGAGGGCGUGGCUAGGAACGAUAAGACCGAGUCAAGAGGCUCUCAGCAUACCGGGACCCGUCACGAAGGACUUGCAUAUAUUGGUUCAGCCUAAAGAGAACGUGACGGUGAGGUAUUCGUUCGGCGUGAAAGAAAAGAGCCCUCGUAAGCCGGAAUUCUCGUGGGACUUUGUCGACUGGGAGAAGUGCAGCGCAAAUUGCGGACCUGGUGAACAAAUUUCCAAGUCUCGUUGCCUAGAGAAGCUUGCUGGUAUUGUAGAUGAGACGUAUUGCAAGAACAUACCCAGGCCUGAAGAGAAAGUGAGACCCUGUUAUCGGGCACCUUGCUUGCCGAGAUGGAUGAUCGGCGAGUGGCAAGGUUGCACAUCCUGCGUGGUCGGCUGUGAGAAGAGACGUUCCGUCAAAUGCGUACGUCCUGUCGGCCACUCCGAGCAGGAUGUAGAUAUUAUCGCUGACAGCUACUGUCAAGGACCGAAGCCAAAGGAACGGGAGUCCUGCACCAGCCGAGAGAAGCGGGAUAACGUCCUGACACGCGAACAGAAAAACAAAAAUAGUGAACAUUCUUCCGCAAAGAAAUUGAAACAUUCAACGAAGCACAAGGAAGUUCCGAAAGUUCCUAACGUAAAGAAGGGCGAAGUUGUGGUCGACAAAGAGGACAUUAAAAAUUUAACUCUCACCAUCAUCUUGGAGCGCGACGAAGAAACCGACACUCCGAACUUUCCGAAGGAUUUCGAGCCCCAGCCACCAGCCAAUAGUACAAAAUUUACUUUAGUUGGAAUGGAUGCAGUCAGGUAUAUACAGAAAAUUCAAGAAGACCCUGCAACUGUGGCGAAACGUCGUUCCGAAUAG